CACGUGCAGAGGAGACACGGAGACACGUGCAGAGGAGACACGGAGACACGCAGAGGGGACACGGAGACACGCGCAGAGGGACAGCAGCUCGGCUCGGGCCUUGGUGAUCAUCAUCGGAGGGCACGGUGAUUAACGCCACCGGGCUCCGCGAGCAUGGCCCUGGACGUCGUUGGCACGUUGCUGUGCAUCGCCGGGUGGACUCUGGUGGGCACGAUCAUCACCAACCACUACUGGAAGGUGUCGACGGUGGCGGGCAGCGUCAUCACCACCAACACCAUCUACGAGAACCUGUGGCAAGCGUGCGCCACCGACUCCAUGGGGGUCUCCAACUGCCGGGACUUCGACUCCAUGCUGAACCUGCCUGGCCACGUCCAGGCGUGCCGGGCUCUGGUCAUCACGGCGAUCGUGCUCGGAUUCUUCGGCACGCUGCUCGCCUUCCUGGGCAUGCGCUGCACCAACAUCGUGAGCAGCGACGCCGAGGUGAAGGGUCGCAUCGUCUUCUCCGCGGGCAUCAUCUACAUCCUGGAAGGGCUGAGCGCCAUCAUCGCGGUGUCGUGGUACGCGGCGCAGGUGGUUGCGGAAUUCUUCGACCCCUUCUACGCCGGCACAAAGUAUGAGUUGGGGCCGGCUCUGUACAUGGGCUGGGCCGGCUCGGGUCUGGCCAUCUUAGGCGGCGGCUUGCUGUGCUGCGUCUGCUGUACUGGGGCCCGUUCGUCUACGCAGAGAGACCACACGUUCAAGUACUCGGCGGCGCGUGCGGCGACCCCGAUCAGCACUGCCACCCCACGGACGAUCCUCGACAUGGAGGGGCAGACGUACGCCCGGCAGGGCUACGUCUAGCGGCCCGACAUGGUGGCUCCCCCAGAAGGCCGCCCCACCCUCCCACCCACCACCAACCCCGUCGUCUGGGAGGCCCUGCACUGGCGACCGGGUCCUCGUGAACUUCUUCCCCCCCCCAAGACUUCCCUCGGUGACGUCCGAGCCUCCAACAGUGCCAGCAGCGCGCAAGGAUUCUGGGAGGUUUAACGGUGACCCCGGCCGCCACCGCGUCACGACCCCGGCCGCCACUGGGUCAGGACCCCGGCCGCCACUGGGUCAGGACCCCGGCAGCCACUGGGUCACGACCCCGGCCGCCACUGGGUCACGACCCCGGCCGCCACUGGGUCACGACCCCGGCCGCCACUGGGUCAGGACCCCGGCCGCCACUGGGUCAGGACCCCGGCCGCCACUGCGUCACGACCCCGGCCGCCACUGGGUCAGGACCCCGGCCGCCACUGGGUCAGGACCCCGGCCGCCACUGGGUCACGACCCCGGCCGCCACUGGGUCAGGACCCCGGCCGCCACUGGGUCACGACCCCGGCCGCCACCGGGUCAGGACCCCGGCCGCCACUGGGUCAGGACCAUGGCCGCCACCGCGUCACGACGUCAAACCGCGGCCAGGACUUUUACAAGGCCGCCCCUGCUGGGCCCCGACGGCAAUAUCUUUGCACAAAGUUUUAAAUCCCGCCGGUGAUGAACAGAGAGUUGG